UUAACCAUCUUUUCUUUUUUGUGUUCUGUUUAAGAAAUCUUUGCCUAGUCCUAGUUCAUGAAGUUAUUCUAUUAGGCUAUCUUCCAGAAAAUGUAUUAUCUUUCGUAUUUGGGUCUUUUAUCCACCUGGAAUUGAUUUUUGUGUAUGGGAUGAGGUUGGGACAGGUUUCAUUUUUAUUCAUACAUACUGAUCCGUCACCAAUGAUUGAAAACGCCAUUUGAUUACUAAAAUAUUGCAAUGGCAUCUCCGUCCAAAUAAGGUGAUUAUACAUGUAUAGAUAUGUUUCUGGAUUCUUUAUUCUGUUCUCCUGGUCAUUUUAUCUAUGCUUGCACCAAUCAUACUCUGUCUUAAUUACUUUAGCAUUAGAUUAAACCUUGAUAUUAAGUAAUAGCAGUCAUUCUUCUUAACAUUUUCUUUACUAUUCCUAGACCUUUCCAUUCCCAUGUGAAUUUUAAAUCCUUUAUUUUUUUUAAUGUUUAAUAAUAAUUCCUAUUAACUUUAAUGAAAGCUUUUCAAAAUUACAAACUCCAUUAAAAUAGUUCAUCAUACUAAUAGCUGUAAGAGAAAUAAAAACAACUAGUUUUCUUCAUAGAGGCUAAAAAAGGCAUUUGAUAAACAUUCAAUAACCACUUCUGCUGUGGAAAAAUAUCCAAGCAUAAGAAUCCUUUAGUUUUACGGUGCUGUAUUCCUCAUUCAGUAUUCUGGGAGCAAAGCCUAUUGCAUAAACACACUGCUCCCAAAUAGCCAAGAUAAAUUUCAAGAGUUUUAAUCAACAUAAUGUAUGAAUGAUAUGAUUUAUUUUGUGUAUAAUAGUGUCACGGUGAUUAUUUUCCAACAACCUACCAGCCAUCUUGUUUUGUUGUGUAUCAUACUCCAAAUUCAUCAUUAUUAUAAGGAGUCACAGUAGAAUUCCACUCAAGAAAAGUACUGUCUUUGUUUAGGGACAUACCUUAAUUGGGCGUGUUUGGUUAUGAAGAUGACACCUUCUUCACAUCGCCUGGAUGGUCAUGGAUGAGACAGAAAGAUAGGUAAAAUAUUUGGUAUGAGGAUUUAAGAGGAAUUUUGAGAGUUUUGAACAAAUACCCUGGGCAGAGGGGAGGUAGGAAGUGAUGCCCAACAAAAUGGUGAGAGACUGGAAUCAAGGAUGACAGUAGAGCUUAGGGGUUAAGAGCCUGAGUUCUAGAUCCAUAUUUCCUGGAUCAGCUACUUAUUAGCUUAUGAAUUUGGGUAAGUUACUCAUCCCUCUGUGCUUCACUUUCUUUAUUCAUAAGAAGGGGAUAUAUGUGCCUACCUCAUAGGGUGGUUAUGAUCAUUAAAAGAGUUAAUGUAUAUAAAGUACUUAGAAACAGUACCUGGCAUAUAAUUAAUCCCCAUAUGUGCCAGCUGUUAUUAUAAUUAAUAAAAGAUAAUCUGAAAAUUUGAGAUAUAUAUUUUUUAGUUUCAUUUAAUUGUUCUGUGCCAUGAUAUAAUCCCCCACCCUUAACAAGCACACUGUAACCCCAGUAAAGUCCUGUCCACACACCACCAUAAGACUGAGGUUCAUUGAAGACUGAAAAGAUUACAGCAGAAUCUAGUAGUGCAGAAAACAGACCCUACACUCAGGAAAGAAAUAGCCCAAAGACUAAAAAUUCAUUGUAAGUUAGAAAUUGAAGUAAUUUUAAGAGUCCAUGGAAGUAACAGGUUGGACACUGGUUUUCCUACUGACUGUGUGUUAAGAGUUCAUCCAAUUUGACAGAUUUUAAAGGAUAAGGUGAUUCUAGCUGUUUCAGGGUUUCUCAACCUCAAUACUAUUUAAUGACUUUCGGGGCUAGAUAAUCCUUUAUUGUGGAGAGCUGUCUUGUGUAUUGUAGGAUGUUUGGCAGAGUCCCUGGCCUCUACCUACUAGAUGCCAGUAGCAGCACCGCUCCCUGCAGUGUGACAACCAGAAAUAUCUCCACUCAUUGCCAAACGUUCCCCGGGGGGCAAAAUUGUCACCAGUUGAGAACUGCUAAGUUAUUUAAAACAAAACUUCCCUGCAUAGAGUUUUUUCCUCAAGUUCCAAACAUUCACAAACAGAGAAUAAAAUAAUGCACUACUAUGUAGUCAUUUCCUAGCUUCAAUAAUUUUGACAACUUUGUUUUAUCUAUAUCUUCUCCAUUUUUUUCUGUAGUAAUUUCAGCAAAACCUGGUCGUUAUAUCAUUUCUCCCAUAAAUACUUUAAUGUAUAUAAAGUAUGAGCUUGUGGACUUCGUAAAAAUAAUAAAUAUUAGUAUCUUUUUAAGAAACUAAUAUUUAGGGGAAAAAAGCACUUAAGAGAAAUAGAGUGAUAUAAUAAGACUAAGAGUAACAUGAGUAUAAGAGCCUAGAAGAAAAAGGAAGAGUUUGGUUUCUUUUCCCCUAGCCUCUUUCUUAAGUGAGUAACUUUUGGACUUUUGCAAAUAAUGCAUGAAAUAAUAAUAUAAUUGUAGCCUCUUGCCUGCCAUUUGUAUAUAGUGUAGUAGUAUGUUGUGAAAUUUAAAGAGGUCAGGGCCUUUUACAUUUUAUCAUAGAUGUCUUCAUAAUUACAUUUAGCAUUUUAACCUGAAACUGUUUACUUCAAAUUUCAUAUGCUAUAUUCUUGUUAUCAUAGUAGACUUUGAUAAAUUUUAAUAAUAUUAAAUAGUUGACUCAGUAGUUUAGGAAUUCUACACACUGUGGUAACGAAAUGAAAAAUUCUUCAUAGCAAGGGUUUAAAGGUGGAAAUUUGCUUGAAUGACGGAUAGGGGAUUUGUUUGUUUUUAAUUGAAGUAUAGUUGAUUUACAGUCUUGUGUAAGCUUCAGGUGCACAGCAUAAUGGUUCAGUAUUUUUGCAGAUUAUAUUCCAUUAUAGAUUAUUACAAGAUAAUGGAUAGAAUUCCCUGUGCUAUAUAGUAUACCCUUGGUGCUCAUCUACUUAUAUGUAGUAGUUUGUAUCUGUUAAUCUCAUACCCCUAAUUUGUCCCUCCACCCUUCCCUCUCCCCUUUGGUAACCACAGGUUUGUUUUCUAUCUCUGUAACUCUGUUUCUGUUUUGUAUAUACAUUCAUUUGUAUUAUUUUUUAGAUUUAGGGUACUUGUUUUGAAGAUGCAUUUGCAUGCAUUUGUAACACAGCUUUUUCCUGAGAUUUUAUGUUAGAGUAUCAUAGUUGGGCAGAGGUAGAGAGAUAAGGAACUGUCUAUAAUGUUGGACAUUAUAGAGGUAAUAAAGCCCCUGGGAUAUCUUUCUGGUCUGUGGCAGAGAAAUCCGUUUUUGUUGCCUCUUGCAGAGAAGUAGGGAAGGGAAUAUAGAUCCUGUUUUUCUACUCUGGCGUAAUUUCAAUGCGAAUUCUUUUUUUUUUUUAAUGGGACUUUAACGCUGGUAGAAUUAGGUUUGAAUGCCAGUCUAGGCACUUUCUUUUUUAAUUAAUUAAUUUAUUUAUUAUUUAUUUUGUCUGCAUUGGGCCUUCGUUGCUGUGCAUGGGCCUUCUCUAGUUGUGGCGAGUGGGGGCUACUCUUCAUUGUGGUGCACGGGCUUCUCAUUGUGGUGGCUUCUCUUGUUGCGGAGCACAGGCUCUAGGCGCGAGGGCUUCAGUAGUUGUGGCACGUGGGCUCAGUAAUUGUGGCUCAUGGGCUCAGUAGUUGUGGCUCUCAGGUUCUAGAGCGCAGGCUCAGUAGUUGUGGUGCGCAAGCCUAGUUACUCCAUGGCAUCUGGGAUCUUCCCAGACCAGGGCUUGAACCCAUAUCCCCUGCAGUGGCAGGCGGAUUCUUAACCACUGUGCCACCAGGGAAGUCCUCAGUGAGAAUUCUAUAUAGAUUUUCCACAGAUGGAGCACUUGAGUUCAAUAAUACUAUACAAGGAUACACCUGUAGUCCCUUCCUCUGACCUGCAACUUGUGACUUUAGUAGAGAAGUUAAGAUAAGUGUUAAAUUGAAUACUAAGAACAUAAACCUCACUUUCUUGCCAUUAGGAGUGAUUUAAUGUGUAACGCUGAAUAUCCUAAAAAAUUAAGCUAUUAUAUUUUAGCAUCAAACCGUAUGAUACUCUAGUUAAUGCUUGCUAUGGUGGAAGGAUCUGACUCCAAAAAAAAAAAAAAAAAGAUUUUUGUAAUAUCCUGUAUAGGAUGUGUGCUACUGUGGAUUGUUAACAGGUUAGACUGAAUGCAUCUGAACAUAAAACAGAAUCUGAAAAAAUGUUGACAAUGAAUCAAGUUAAUGUAAAGGGAUAUUCAGUUUAGGUAAAUUAGUUCUGCCUCACAUUUAAAAUAGAUCAUCUUGAGUUCCCUGGCUAUUUUUUAUGUCUAUAAAUUUCUGUAAAUUCUCUAUUUGGAAAUAAAUUGAGCCCAAGGAAAAAACCUCACACUGACAUUAUUCAGCAUCCCUCAGUGAAAAGGUUUGAAAAAGAAUAAUUCCUGUAGUUGGUAACCACCGAAAAAUAUCCUAAAUAGAAAGAAAAUUACGCUUUCCUCAGCUGCCGCUAAGGUGCUCGGUCCUUCUGAGGAAGCUAAGGCCGCAUUGGGGUGUAGGCCCUCACUUCAUCUGGCGACUGCACCAUGCCCGGCAGCCCGUGCCUAGCACUCGCCCGCACCAUGGCCUCCGACUCAGCGCUCACCUGCACCUACUCGGGCCUCAUCCUGUCCGACAAUGAGGUGACAGUCACCGAGGAUAAGAUCAAUGCCCUCAUUAAAGCAGCCAGUGUAAAUGUUGAACUUUUCUGGCCAGGCUUGUUUGCAAAGGCUUUGGCCAGUGUCAACAUUGGGAGCCUCAUCUGCAGUGUGGGGGCAGGUGGACCUGCCCCAGCAUCUGGGGCUGCACCGGCAGGAGGUCCUGGCCCCUCCACCACUGCUGCCCCAGCUGAGGGGAAGAAAGUAGAAGCAAAGAAAGAAGAAUCUGAAGAGUCUGAUGAUGACAUGGGCUUUGGUCUUUUUGACUAAACCUCUUUAGUAACACGUUCAAUAAAAAGCUUAGCUCUUAAAAAAGAAAAAAGAAAAUUGCGUUAAAAGCUAAUUGUAUGGGAAGAGUGUAGCAGUCAGGAAGCACAGGAUGAAAAUGAAUGCCAGAGAUCAGGAAUUUUAGGGGUCUGAAUUCCAGGGCAAAAAAAUGAACCUGAAUGGGGUUUCUUUUUGGAGUGAUGAAAGUAUUCUGGAAUUAGAAAGUGGUGAUGGUUCCAUAAACUUAUGAAGAGACUAAAGCCAUUGAGCUGUAUACUUUAAGAGGACAGAGUUUAUGGUAUAUGAAUUAUUUUGAAAAAAUGACCCUGACUGUGGGGAAAAUGAUAGCUCAGGGCCAUCUGGCAUAGGGUAGGAACCCAACCAGAGUGAGUAGUGCACCUGUGUGCAGGGUGGCAAUGAGCAGCGGUGAGAUUUGUUACGUGUAGGGGGCUAGAUUAAAUAAGUAUAGUAUUAAAUAAGGAAAACAAGAACCAGAUUGUUCACUAUUGGAGAACAGAGUUAUAACUUUGGAAAGGAAGAAGUCUAGAAUUAACCCUUAUGGUAUUGAAUUGGAAUUGGAGCAUCUUUGUGAGCAUUUAGAGUGUAUGUUUGUAUAUGGAUUUACAAAUAAAAAUGAAUAUAGAGUUGUGUGUAUGUAUAUAAGUGUAUGAGCAUACUGCCUAACUCUGUCGACGGAGUGGACCUGGGGGGUAGUGAUAUCCUGAUCGCAAUGAGCAUACCUGAUACUCUAAAUACCUUUCCCCACUAAAAAAAAAAAAAAAAAAAAAAAAACAA